AUGAUAAACAUGGCGACUUCCGUACAUCAUUAAAUUCUUCAGUCGUCUUACGAUACAAACGAAUGCCGUAAAAAGGAGUACAAGAAAGGAGUUUUGCAAAAGCUAUUGUGCCAUACUUCCGAGGAUGCCGCCUUAAUAAUGGAUGAAGAAAGAGAAAACACAUCAGGAGGCAAAGAAGAAGCAACUGAGAUGGAGACUAGUCAAAAUGUGACUGGGAUAGAGUCAGAGACUACCCCAGAAAUGACUGGAAAAGAGACUAGUCCAGAAGCUGCUCUGACUAGUAACAUUGACACUACACAAGAUGAAACCUUGGCAUUAGCCUCAUCAACCAGCCACAAUAAAGACUCUAGUAAAGAUUUAGUUACAGAUUCUGAUGUUAAAGAGGAUGAAACUACAACAUCUUCUUCCUUAGAUUUGGUUCCAACAAAAGACAGUGUCGGUAACAUUCCGCCUCCAGAGAAAGAAGAACAACAAAAUAUCCUUUCAGAGGAAUUAAAGAGUACGAAUCAAGAUUCGUCAGCAUUAAUAGCAAACAGCCCAGGGGAAAGCAGAGAAGAUGAGAAAGCAGAAAGGGGUGAAACCAAACCGGAGUCAGCCAGCAGCUCAAAUGGAGAGUCAAAACAACUCACUGAGAUUUCUCCGCCUGAUAGUAAAACAACCUUAGAAUCGCUAAAUGAAAAAGAUGUAAAAACUUUGAUGGUUACAUCGAACGUUGAAGUGGAUGUCGUUGAUGAGUCUAUAGCCCCAAAAACUGAAGUUGAGAGUGUUCUAAAUGAAGCCCAGCAUGUCUUGCCUGAUGAAACAGCCCACGAGCAGACUCCUGGGGAAGUUGCUGACACACCUUCAAGUAGCAACAUCAAUGCAGUCAUGUCUCCAGAAGUCUCAGUCGCUGAGAAUGAAGAGAUGGUGAGAGAAGACAGCAACAUAUCCUCUAAAACAGAGCCUACCCCACCAGCACGAACAGACUCCACAGUAUCAGUGGACCGAAGAUACAGCAGUGUGAGCAACGCAAGACAAACAAGCAACACAACCCCAAGCAAACCGGGAACGCCCGAGACCGGUAUAUCGAUCGCCACUAAGGGGGACCUUCCGUCUCGAUUCACCACCCCACAUCCCCCAAGCCAACAGCUGCAGGAGAGACCGCUAACGCAUGCCACCGUGAGCACAGAGUUUGGUUAUGAUGAGAUGAAAGACUUCACCUCCCCUGAUUAUGAGUACACACAGACGCCGUUGUAUUCGGUCAGGGGGGACUCCGGGGUGAGGCAGGACCGGAAGACCUUCAGUAGGGGGGAAAGUGUCAAGAGUGUGACCUUUGCUGAUGACCUGACUGGAAGGAUGAGUGCUAAGGAGUUGGGAGUAGAAGAAGAGGAUGAGGGUACAAGUUCAGAAGAAGAGAGUGAUACAGAGACUGCGCCAGAGAAAGGGACAGAAGCAGAUGAAAAGUUGGCAAUCAAAGAUGUUGAAACAAAAGAACAACAAGGGGAAGACGAAGAUGACUUGUUCCCUACAGCAGUCAGCGAGGAGAAGAUUGAGGAGGCCAAACAGAAGAGGAAAGAGAGAGCAGAAAGUGACGCGGCUCGAAGAGAGAAUCUUUUUGGAAUUUUCGGUCAGCCUCGACUCGACAAAAGACGCAGCAUGGAAGAGGUUGUGGGAAGCAAGGCCAGAGAACACUUUGACAAAGGAUGCGUCCUCCUAUCCAAUCUGGAGAAUAGUCAAGCCAUAGUGUGCUUUGAUAAAGCCAUCAACCUCUGUCCCAAGGAAGUCAGAUACUACCUAAUGCGUGGUGAAGCCUACCUACAGAUGUGUGACUUUCAGUCGGCCAUUUUGAAUAUGAAGAAGGCGUGCGUGUUGGACCCAAACAACGACGCCUUCUACAUUCGUUUGGCAUUUGUCUACUAUUUUCAGGGGCAGACAUUAUUUGACCAGUGUCUGUUUGCAGAGGCACUGGAAUCUUUCUCAAGGGCCUCAGAGAUGAGACCAGAGGUGAUUGGUUACCAUACAAGAAGUGUGGCAUGUCUAGCAGCGCUGCAGAGGCAUGGAGAGUGCCUAGCCUUGGUGAACAAGCGGCUAGAAGUCGAGCAGCACAAUCCUGACUUGUAUAUCAUGCGGGCUCGUCUGCAUGAACUCUUCAGAAAUACGUCCCUCUGCUACUAUGACUUAAAGGAUGCCAUUGCCUUGGACCCAGACAGGGAAGAGGCUCAGAACCUCAUGGCUGCCCUAGAAGCCAAGGCAGUUGAAAGCCGUGAUCAUGCUGUGCGCUUGCAGCUACAGGGCAAGCUCAAGGAAGCCAUGAAUAAGAUCACUGCUGCGGUGGAGACUAACCCAGCAGUAGCUGACUAUCAUCUCUUAAGGGGUGCCCUUCAUCGCCGACUCCAUGAUUACAAUGCAGCUAUCGAUGAUUUCCUAUUGGCUCUUGAUAAAACCGACCACAACGAGCAGAACCGCAUCUACAUGGAGGCACAGCGGCAACUACUGCUCACCUAUAACGACUUUGCUGUGGAGUGCUUCCUGGGUGCAUACUUUGAAGAGGCAAUCAUCCUCCUGAAUAAGGCCAUCAAGGGGGAGAAGAGAGAGAAAGGGCUGUAUGUCAACAGAGGAGAUUGCUUCUUUCGUUUGAACGAGCUUCACUUUGCCCUGGCUGACUACCACCAAGCCCUGGAGUUGGAUCAUGCAGACUGGACCAUUCGGUCUCGGAUUGCAUCCAUCCACAGCGAGUUUGGUCUGAUGGACUAUGAGGAACACAGCUACAAAGAGGCCGAAGCACGGUUUACUGUAGCCAUUCAGCACAACCCUCGUGUAGGGUCGUACUUCAUCUACCGCUCUAAAGUGCGCUUUAUGCUGGAGAACCAAGCUGGUGCCAGACAUGAUCUUCUGGUGACCCUCCAUCUCGAGCCAAACAAUGAGGAGAUCCUUACACUCAUGCCUCGCCUCUUCCCUGGUAAAUCCAUCACGGAUAUAAUGAGGAGUAAGUCUGGCCGUGCAGCCAAAGCUGAAGUAGAGAAUGCUGUGGUGACUGCCUCCCCAGUCCGUCUUCCAGCCUUAAAUGGGGAUGCAACAAACAAGGAGGCACAGCCAAAUAAUACAUCACCACAAGCCACUAGUCAGGCUGGAGCUAAACAUGUUAGUUUUGCAUCAGCAGCUGCUACUCCCUCUGGUUCUGUAAUGCCAGACCUUAAGGAAUGUAUGAAUGAGAUAGGCUUCAAUACUGUACUGGCCAAGAAGAAGAAAAAGGUCUCCAACCAUGUUAAGAGUCUUCUUCACGACAGGCAAACUCUUUGGACCGACGCACCUAAGCUCGCCCCUCAGCCCCCACCCCGCCCCUAUGCCAUCCGGGGUGGGGCUCUAAACAAAAACCAGUCCAACAUAGACACAUCUAUGGGCUGGAGGUCAUUCAGUAUGGGCGUUGGCCUGAAGUAAUCCAUCCUUGUUUCUACAGUCUGUCAUCUUUGACGUAAAUUCCUCUUGGAACCCACGCCUGAUCACUACCACGCCCAUGCCCAGUUUAAAGUAAAAUCACUGCAUAACUGCCAUCAUAACUUCAACCCCACCGAGCAAGAUUACAAAAGUACUCCUGCAAUGGAUUUAUACAUGUAUACCGGACUAGUGAAAACCAUGCUGGCCACACCCACAUGCCACGCCCACCAUAAUUGAUGUGAUGGCCAAACUCACGCCUUCCUCAUGUGCUCUAAUCACUACUAAGCCCAGCGAGGUUGGAAGUAAAAUCACUGCAUAACUGCCAUCGUAACUUCAACCCCGCCCAGCAAGAUAUCAAAAAGUACUCUUGCAAUGGGCUUCUACAUGCAGCAUGCCAGACUAAUGGAAACCAUGAAGGCCACACCCACAUGCCACGCCCACCUUUAAUUGAUGUGAUGGCCAAACUCAUGCCUUCCUCAUGUGCUCUGAUCACUACCACAACCGGCACGGUUUGAAGUAAAAUCAUUGCAUAACUGCCAUCGUAACGUCAACCCCGCCCAGCAAGAUUAAAAAAGACUGCAUGUAUACCAGACUAGUGAAAACCAUGCUGGCCACAUCCACAUGCCACGCCCACCAUUAAAUGAUGCGAUGGCGAAACUCACGCCUUCCUCAUGUGCUCUGAUCACCACUGCUCCCACGCCCAGUUUGAAGUAAAAUCACUGCAUAACUGCCAUCGUAACUUCAAUCCCGCCCUGCAAGAUUGAAACAUUACUCCUGCAAUGGAUUUCUACAUGCAGCAUGCCAGACUAAUGGAAACCAUGAAGGCCACACCCACAUGCCACGCCCACCGUUAAUUGAUGUGAUGGCCAAACUCAUGCCUUCCUCAUGUGCUCUGAUCACUACCACAACCGGCACGGUUUGAAGUAAAAUCAUUGCAUAACUGCCAUCGUAACGUCAACCCCGCCCAGCAAGAUUCAAAAAGACUGCAUGUAUACCAGACUAGUGGAAACCAUGAAGGCCACACCCACAUGCCACGCCCACCAUAAUUGAUGCAAUAGUGUUCAAGGUUGUAUGGCAAGUAAUACCUGUAGGCACUCCAGAACAUACAUGGCCGGUAAUGCAUGGAUACCAUGUAAGUACACUUCCUAAAUUUAUGUUGAAUUCCAUUAUUGGUGUCACGCGAUGAUAAAAUUUGUGAUUGACAAUUAGUAGUCAACGAGAAAGGUUAAGGAAAACAAUAAAGUUGAACAUCAUUAACUCCGGAACUUGUUGAUCCAUCUGUUGAUAAAUGUUUAUCCUUGAGGGUUGGGGAAUUAAUUGGCUUGUUAUGAAACGUUUCUUCUUCGCUGAAAUGAUUUUUGAUUCAAGUAAAUCUACUUGGAGAAAACCAAUGAAUAGAUUCAUCAGUGAAAAAGUAUUCAAAGACAGUUUAACCUUAUUGUAGUCAGGCUCAAAUAUAACCCGGAAAAGUAUUAUUUUGUUAAAAAGAAGCUUCCAGAAUAUUUUGUCCAAUUUAAAAAAAAUGAACUGUGUUUCUGUUUGAGUUUUUCAAAUGAAGUUAUAUUUUCACAGAAGUCUUUUUAAAAUAUAUUUUGACAAUAUAUUUUGCAACAUAAAAUGUUCAAAUCUGAUACCAAAGGGGAAAGAGAGGACAAAAAACUCACUUGUUAUUUAAGAUAACAUCUUUGAUGUUUAUUAUGUUGUAUUCCUAUUUUCAUUUAAAGUAUUGAAAUUUAAAAGUUUUGAAAAAGUCUUUGCAAGUGACUUACACCAAAUAACCAAACUUAUUAUUCCCAAGAAUACGCUAAAAAAUAUUGCACAAAAGUUGCAUAAUAUUGUAAAUAAUAUAAUGUUUUUACAUUUACAGAGAAAUAUACCAAGUCGAAAUGUAAAUAUUAUGUAAAAUAUAAUUUGGCUACAUAAAUGUUAAAAUGUUGUUUUAAAACUGAAGUCAUGAUUGUCUUGUCUUAUUGGUUGUGCAUAAAUAAUUCAUGAAGUAUUUGUUGAA